AUGUCAUUUCAAAAUAUAGAAAUUAAUAUUGGUUCCAUAGUACUUGGAGAUAGAUCGUUAAACAAUGGGCAAUAUGGUGAAAAAAGAUCAGUUAAAAAGGUAAAUUUUGAUGUUCCAUUUAGUGGUACACCAAAAGUUUCACUCGGAAUCAAUUUUUUUGAUUCAUCAAUAUCAGAAAAUGCAACCAGAGUUAGAACUAUUGCAACUAAUAUUACAAAUCAAGGUUUUGACUGUAUAUUUACAGCUUGGGAGGGUAAUACCAUCUAUGAUAUGCAAGUUGACUAUGUUGCUGUAUAUAAUCCAAGAUUAAAUGGUAAUAGUAAUAAUAAUAGAAAUACAAACAAUAAUAGCAAUAACAAUAACAAUAGCAAUAAUAGACAACAACAACAACAACAAUAUCAUGAUGAUAAUAGAAAUAAUCAAUCUUUCCAAAAUAUGAAUAUAAAUGAUGAAAACGAUUAUAAUGAUAGACAACCAGAACAUCGUGAACAACCACAACGUCGUGAACAACAGCAAUCACAACUUGCAGAUAAACAGGUCAAUAUAAAAUCAAUUAAACACAAUAGUUAUAUUCGUGAUAAUCAAAGUGUAGCUGAUUUGUCCCAAACUGCUAGAGGAAAUGAAACAUGGACAAUUACCGCUGCAAACAAUGGUACAUAUUAUAUUCAUAACCACUUUAACCAUUAUUUAAGUUCCCAAGGUAAUGAUAGAGUUUUAUCAUCUGAAAGAAAUGACUCAUCUCUUUGGAGGAUUCAGGAACGUAGACAAGGUGUAUAUUCAAUUCAAAAUGCUAAAACUGGUAACUACUUAAGUGCAACUGAUAGAGGUGAAGUUAAAACAAAUGUAAAGCAAGUAAAUAGUUGGGAAGAAUUUCAAUUUAUUUACAUUUAA